AUGUUCAAAAUCACGCCUCAAUUAUCUGAAAGAAUUAACCAUUUCGCGAGAUUUCCACAAACAGGUGUCUCACUAAGACAAAUGGUCAUGAUGGGUCAAAAACCUUCACCUCUUACAUUUUUUAAAGCAAGCCAGUUUCUACAUGAGGAAUUACCAAUCCGAAUAGCUCAUCGCGUAAAGGAACUGGAUGAGUUACCACCUAAUCUAGGAGAAAUGCCUUCGAUUGUUAAAGUCAAGAAUUGGUACGCUCAAUCAUUUGAGGAAUUAACAAUGUUGUCGCCUCCUGAGUUGACAUCUGAAAUGAAGGCCAAUAUAAAGGAUGCAACGAGAAACACCACUUUACUUCCAGAGAGUAUACCCAACGUGGAUUAUCCGUGUGAAAAACCAAAGUAUAGUUACUAUACAGCCAUACCUUCCACUCACAGAUAUUAUACAAAUUGCGAAAGUAUUGAAUGUACGCCCUCAAUGUUGGCAUAUGUAGACAAGCUGGUGCAAACGAUAGAAGAAGUCAAAAGGAGACAUGACCCAGUAGUGACAACAAUGGCUCAGGGUAUUAUUGAAUAUAAGGAGCACUGGAAAGCAACCACGAUAGAUCCUGAAAUCCAACACUUUUUGGACAGGUUUUACAUGUCGAGAAUAGGUCUUCGCAUGCUUAUAGGGCAACACUCUGCACUCUAUCGUGGUCCUUUCCUGCCCAAUUAUGUGGGCGUAAUUUGUACAAAUACCAAUAUUAAACAAAUUGCUCAGGAUGCCAUUGAAAAUGCACGAAUUAUAUGUGAAGAUCAUUAUGGUCUCUUUAAAGCACCUCAAGUUCAACUAUUCUGCCCACAGGAUAUUGAGUUUAUGUAUGUUCCUUCACAUCUUAAUCAUAUGAUAUUUGAGCUGCUAAAGAACUCGCUUCGAGCAGUGGUCGAACGAUUUGGAGUGGAUUAUGAAGACGAGUACCCACCUAUUAAGGUAGCUAUUGCCCAUGGGAAAGAAGAUAUUACGAUAAAGAUAUCAGAUGAAGGUGGAGGUAUACCAAGGUCAGGUAUCCCUAUGGUGUGGACCUAUAUGUACACGACUGCACAAGCUCAAGUACUAGAACCUGAGUUUAACCAAACUGAAUUUAAAGCGCCUAUGGCUGGAUUUGGAUAUGGUCUCCCAAUCUCGAGAUUGUAUGCAAGGUAUUUUGGAGGAGAUUUGAAGCUUAUAUCAAUGGAAGGAUACGGAACAGACGCCUAUCUGCAUUUAAAUCGUCUUUCAAACAGUGAUGAACCAUUGAUUAUGUAG